GGAAGUUGAAACUUUCUCUUCCCUCAAUUUGUCACUUGUUUAAUUUAGACCAACUUGCAUAACCUCUAAUUCUCAAAAUCUAUAAAUAACAAAUAUUUCCUUCCAACUGUAACAAAUUCAACAAGAGGUUAAUGUAUAAAUCAAGAGCAAAAUCAUUAAUAUUUGUUCAAGGUAUUUUUAAGUCGGACAGAGAUUGACCUUCGAGUGCAAAGACAGAAGGGAUCUUGACUGCAAGAUCCAGUAUAAGAUGAAGAGGCAAAGUAGUAAGAUGAUAGGAAAUAACUAUGGGGAGAAGAAAAAGGCCAAAAGGGUUGUUGAGAAACAAAGCGAAGAGGUGAAAAUAGAGGAAGAACAGAGGGAAAAAAAUGUUGGAGGAGAUUUUGUGAAGGAGGUGGAGUUGAUGGGUGGAUGUGAUAAUUGGAUUAAUGAAUUGCUUUGUUCAUGGAGUAAUUAUAAUGUUGUGGAUGAGCAAAUGUCAUGGGGAACAUGUUGGUCACCUGUUUGGGACAUGGAGUACUUGGGAGAAGCUUAUAUUAACUUGUACAAUGACGUUUUGUGGGAUGAUGAUGUUUGGGAUUUGAAGUCCAUCAAGGAAGUUCCAAGUCCAUAGAGAAAGGAAAACUCGAAGAAACUAGACAUGUUUGUAUUUUGAUUUUACUAAGUAUAGUUUUAAUGAAUCAUGACAGAUCCUUAUGUUGCUUGAAAUUUUUAAAAAUAUUGUUGGAUUCGUGUGAGAUCUUUCAAAAGUAAUGUAAUUUUUAGAGGAUCUGACACGAACUCAAAAACAUUUUUAAAAAGUCCAAACAACAUAGGUGAUAACGGGUCACAUUGCUACUUACAAUAACCUUUCUAAGUUUAGUUGUAAUAGGUUGAUAAUGCACAUGUAUAGAUGUACAACGUUUUAUGAUUACUCUUAACUAUGAUUAACUAUCAGUCAAAUAAUCUUUUUGUCUUGUUGUUACUAUUUGAUUUCAAUUCAU